GAUCUUGAAACACAAGGAUUGUCGUGUCUAAAAACAAGAAAAGGGAAGAUCGUCAAAAAGACAUGUAAAAACUGAACAACCAAAACAACAGGGCCAAACGAAAAUUAACAUGAAAAAGCAUUUACUAAAACCAAUAACAAAACCACCACCACCAAUCCUCAACCCACCACCACCACCACCGCCACCAACAACAACCACAUCACUCUUCCCUCCAACACUCUCCCCCACCCAACACUACACCCACUUUCUCCACUUCCUCAACCACCACCUCACUCCACCUCUCACCCCACAAACCCUAACCCACUUCCUCAAAUCCAAACUCCACCACCACCCUUCCUUCACCCACUUCGACUUCCAUCUCUUCUCUUGGGCUUCCACCCUCGACACAUUCUCUCACAACCACACCUCCUACGAAUGGAUGACACGUACCCUUGCUCUCUCUCAUCGUUUCUCUCUCCUCCGCACCCUCCUCACUUUCAUCUCCACCAACCCCUGCCAAUGCUCUCAAGCCAUCUUCUCUUGCCCACAAACCGAACCCAUUUUCCGUUUUGCAAUUCAGUAUUACUGUAAAGCUUUCAAAUUUGAUGAUGCUGUUUAUGCUUUUAAUGUUAUGCGCAGGUUAAUUGACGGAAAACCGAGUGUUUCGGUUUGUAAUAUUUUGAUUCAUGGGUUUGUUAAAUCUGGUAGAUUUGAUAGAGCUUUUGAGUUUUAUAAUCAGAUGGUUAAGGAUAGGAUUAAGCCUGAUGUGUUUACUUUUAAUAUUUUGAUUAGUGGUUAUUGUAGGGAUUUUAAAUUUGGUUUUGCAUUGGAGAUGUUUGAUGAAAUGAGGAAAAUGGGGUGUCAUCCAAAUGUUGUUACUUUUAAUACUUUGAUUAAAGGGUUGUUUAGGGAAUGUAGAGUUGAUGAAGGGAUUGGGAUGGUUUAUGAGAUGAUUGAAUUGGGAUGUCAGCUUUCUGAUGUUACUUGUGAGAUUUUGGUUGAUGGGCUUUGUAAGGAAGGGAGGGUUUCGCAGGUGUGUGAUUUGUUGAUGGAGUUUUCUAAGAGAGGGGUUUUGCCUAAAGGUUAUGAUUAUUUUGUUUUGGUGGAAAUUUUGUGUGGGAAAGGAGAGGCUUUUAAAGCUUUAGAGGUUAUUUAUGAGUUGUGGAGCAAAGGAUGUGUCCCUAGCUUGAUUUCUUGUAUUGUAAUGAUUGAUGGUUUGAGAGGAUUGGGGAAGAUUGAAGAGGCAAUGAGAUUGGUUGAAAAAAUGCUUAAAGAGGAGGGUAUGGUACUUGAUGUUGUGACUUUCAAUUCUGUCCUUCAAGAUCUUUGUGAUGCGGGAAGGACUGAAGAUGCAAAUAGGUUGAGAUUACUUGCUUCUAGCAAGGGUUUGGAACCCGAUGCCAUGACUUAUAAAAUUCUGGUUGCUGGGUAUAGAGGAGAGGGAAAUCAAUCGGAAGGAGAGUUAGUGGUAAAUGAAAUGUUGGAUAAGGGGUUUAUACCUGAUCUUGCUUCAUAUAAUAAAUUGAUGGAUGCACUAUCUAAUUGUCAACGCCCCAACCGUUAUCAAGCGAACCAAAUUGGCAGGUGAAAAUGCAAACAAUAAAAGAUUUAACUUGGUUGUCAAGUUUUGUAAAAAAAAAAAAACUUGGCUGUCAAGUAUGACUCUUGUUUGGGCUAAGAUGGUUGAGGAAUGAUUGAGAAGUGAGCCUGUAAUCAGCUGAAAGUUCAGACGAUUAGUACCAGUUGUUUUGCGCAACGAUGAAGAUAGGUUGCAAUUGCAAAUUUGCAAUUGCAAGUCCACUUUGAAGAUGGUUGGUGCUCUACACACACGUCUUUUAAAAUUAUUUAACUGUUAAGAUUAUUUUUCCUGAUGCUAGCGAACAUCGUAAAUAUGUUCCAUCUGAUUGAGACUGAUACACAAAGUCCAUGUCUCCUCUGUGAGUUACUAGACAUCAUUUAUGUGUUUUCAUUAUUUAAUAACAGCAAUCUUAAGUUUGUUGUUAUCCA